AUAAGGGUGAACAAAAGACUCUUUGUCCCAGUCCCCCAGCAGCCUGGGAGCAGGGAAAGGAAAGAGCAGAGAUCUCUAAGAAUGCUGCUGAGCAAGGACAGCCAGCUUAGGGGAAGAAUCCUCUCUUGCCCAACCAGUGACCAGCAGGUUGCCCCGUUUUUAGGCUGUUUGCCUGUUCCUCUCCCCCACUCAGGAGAAGGCUGGGUUCCUCCCAGGAAUGUGCCUGACCCAACACAAAUAGCAGCAGGUGGGAAUCCUGGCAAUGCUCUGUUUCCCCAGGAUUGUUUCCUCUGCUGACCCCUGAGCACCUUGUGACCACAGGCUCUGUGUGCUGCCCAUUCCCAUAGGGAAGUGAUUAAUCCACUUUCUCUUCAGUGCUGGAGCAUCUGGAUGCUUCCUGCAGGGUGAUGGGGACAUUGCCACCGAGUCACACCUGGAUUUAAGCCCAGGCCAGGCUCAGUUUUGUCUGGCAAGAUAUGAAACAAGAUUUUUGAAAAUGUCCACUGCAUGGAGCCAAAAACCAGCUCCCACUGGAGUAUCUAUAAACUGGAGCCUCCAGAAAUACCACAGGACACUUCCCCCAGCCUAGGAAGCGCUCAGAGACAUGGAUUUGAUCUUUGCUCUGUGUUGUGCAAGAGCUUGGCAUAGAAGCCAAGUUCCUGGGGCAUCACCUGUCUCGCCUAGCAGAGCUGGGAUAACUCACUGGGACAGUGUCUUCCUCCUGCUGUAGCCCAUUACCCUGGUUAAUGGGGUCAGUCUGUCCUCUCUGGGCCACCAGGCAGAAGUGCCACCCCUAGCCUUUCAUCCCAUCCCUUAUCUGGGAGUUCUGGGGCCAGGCAGAGUGCACUGGAUGAGACAGCAAGCGCUUCCCGAAUCCAAACUGCAUUUGCCAGGAGGCAGAAAUUCCUGUCGCUCCCCUUCACACCUUACUGGGCACUCGGGGGCACAUUGCCAAGCCCUCCUGGCGUGUUUGUAAAAUUUACCUGCCAGUUUCUGAAGGCUGGAUGUGCCUGGAGGGUGUGGAGGUGUCUGGCGUGACCGCGGAGCAGAAACCUGAACAGAAAGGGGAGGAGGCUACAACACUGGAAGCUAAAAUAUUUCAGGAUUGGAAGCGUGCCAAGAGAACUGUUCGCGGGAAACAUUUCUGUGCCGGCAAGGUGUAGGAAGUUUUUUCCUUCCCUCUCCAGCUGAUGACCUUGCCCUGGUGCCCGGCGGGGUGGGGUCCCGUGUGUCCCAUCGCGGCCGGCCGGGGGAUGCACCGAGCGGCGCAGCCUCGGGCGGUGCCAGGGCUCGGCGGGCCGGGCCCGGGGCAGCGGCGCGGUGCCAGCCCGGGCCGGUUCCUGCGCUUACGUCCCGCGGGCGUGUCCCUUAAAUCCCGCACGGGAGCGGCGCGGGGCAGGCGAGCGCCAGCGGAGCCGAGCGGAGCGGAGCGCUGUCGGCGGGGCAGAGAUGGCCUCGGUGGGUCCCUCCGCAGCCUCCGCGCAGCCCGCCCUGCCCUCCGGACCCGCCGUCUUCAAAACCAUCCCCUACGCCUUCAUCCUGCCCGAGAUCGUCUGCGGGACCUGGGUGUGGAUCCUCGUCGCUGCUACCUCCGUCUCCUUGCCGCUGCUGCAGGGAUGGGUGAUGUACGUGUCCCUCACCUCCUGCCUCAUCUCCCUGCUGCUCCUCUUAAGCUACCUCCUUGGCUUCCACAGGAACAGCGAGAACUGGAAAGUGCUGGACAGUUUGUACCAUGGCACCACGGCCAUUCUGUACAUGAGCGCCGCGGUCCUGCAGGCCAAUGCCACCAUCAACUCUGAGUUCGGCGUCAACGCGCCCCUCAACUACCAACUCAACAGCGCUGCAUCGUUCUUUGCCUUCCUCACGACCUUCCUGUACAUCCUCCACGCCUUCAGCAUCUACUACCAGUGAUCCUGGCAGCACCAGAUUGACGGGACAAGGGCUUUCCCAGUGUGAGAGACCUUGCUGUCAUCCCAAGGUGUCCCUGCUCCAGCCCUGUCACCAGGCCUCAGGAACAGCAAGUCCUUUUGCACUUCAUCACAGGAGGGAUUUUGCUGGCACACCUUGGUGUGCCUGUGGGACAUUUCCUGCCUUGCCUGGGGGAG